GCGUCACGCACUCCAUGGUAACGACGCUCGGCCCGAAGAUGGCGGCCGAAUGGGGCGGAGGAGUGGGUUACUCGGGCUCAGGCCCGGGCCGGAGCCGGUGGCGCUGGAGCGGGUCUGUGUGGGUCCGAAGCGUUUUACUCCUGUUGGGCGGGCUCCGGGCCAGCGCCACAUCUACUCCCGUCUCCUUGGGCAGUUCCCCUCCCUGCCGGCACCACGUCCCCUCUGACACUGAGGUCAUAAAUAAAGUUCAUCUUAAGGCAAAUCAUGUGGUCAAGAGAGAUGUUGAUGAGCAUUUAAGAAUCAAGACUGUCUAUGAUAAAAGUGUUGAAGAGUUGCUCCCUGAGAAAAAGAAUCUUGUAAAGAACAAGCUUUUCCCACAAGCGAUUUCUUAUUUAGAGAAGACUUUUCAGGUCCGUCGACCUGCGGGCACUAUCUUACUUAGCAGACAAUGCGCAACAAACCAAUACCUCCGGAAGGAAAACGAUCCUCACAGGUACUGCACCGGGGAGUGUGCCGCGCACACAAAGUGCGGCCCCGUUAUUGUUCCCGAGGAACAUCUCCAGCAAUGCCGGGUCUACCGCGGGGGUAAGUGGCCUCAUGGAGCAGUGGGUGUGCCAGACCAAGAAGGCAUCUCAGAUGCAGACUUUGUUCUUUACGUUGGUGCUCUGGCCACUGAGAGAUGCAGCCAUGAAAACAUCAUCUCUUAUGCAGCCUAUUGUCAGCAGGAAGCAAACAUGGACAGGCCAAUAGCAGGAUAUGCUAACCUGUGUCCAAAUAUGAUCUCUACCCAGCCUCAGGAGUUUGUUGGGAUGCUGUCCACAGUGAAACAUGAGGUUAUUCAUGCCCUGGGUUUCUCUGCUGGGCUGUUUGCAUUCUACCAUGAUAAAGAUGGAAAUCCUCUCACUUCAAGAUUUGCAGAUGGCCUCCCACCUUUUAAUUAUAGUCUGGGAUUAUAUCAAUGGAGUGAUAAAGUAGUUCGAAAAGUGGAGAGAUUAUGGGAUGUUCGAGAUAAUAAGAUAGUUCGUCACACUGUGUAUCUCCUGGUAACGCCUCGUGUUGUUGAGGAAGCACGAAAACAUUUUGAUUGUCCAGUUCUAGAGGGAAUGGAACUUGAAAAUCAAGGUGGUAUGGGCACUGAGCUCAACCAUUGGGAAAAAAGGUUAUUAGAGAAUGAAGCGAUGACUGGUUCUCACACUCAGAAUCGAGUACUCUCGCGAAUCACUCUGGCAUUAAUGGAGGACACUGGCUGGUAUAAAGCAAAUUACAGCAUGGCUGAGAAGUUAGACUGGGGCCGAGGAAUGGGCUGUGACUUUGUCAGGAAGAGCUGUAAAUUCUGGAUUGAUCAGCAGAGACAAAAGAGACAGAUGCUGAGCCCUUACUGUGACACGCUCAGAAGUAACCCACUGCAGCUAACUUGCAGACAGGACCAGAGAGCAGUUGCCGUGUGUAAUUUGCAGAAGUUCCCUAAGCCUUUACCACAGGAAUACCAGUACUUUGAUGAACUCAGUGGAAUACCUGCAGAAGAUCUGCCUUAUUACGGUGGUUCCGUGGAAAUUGCUGACUACUGCCCUUUCAGUCAGGAAUUCAGUUGGCAUUUAAGUGGUGAAUAUCAGCGCAGCUCAGAUUGUAGAAUAUUGGAAAAUCAACCAGAAAUUUUUAAGAACUAUGGCGCUGAAAAGUAUGGACCUCAUUCCGUUUGUCUAAUUCAGAAAUCAGCAUUUGUUAUGGAGAAGUGUGAGAGGAAGCUGAGUUACCCAGACUGGGGAAGCGGAUGCUAUCAGGUUUCUUGUUCUCCUCAAGGUCUGAAAGUUUGGGUCCAAGAUACUUCAUAUUUGUGUAGUCGGGCUGGGCAGGUCCUCCCCGUCAGUAUCCAGAUGAAUGGCUGGAUUCACGAUGGAAACCUGCUCUGCCCAUCGUGUUGGGACUUCUGUGAGCUCUGUCCUCCAGAAACAGACCCUCCAGCCACUAACCUGACCCGAGCUCUGCCACUGGAUCUUUGUUCCUGUUCCUCGAGCCUGGUGGUCACCCUUUGGCUUCUGCUAGGCAAUCUGUUUCCUCUGCUGGCUGGAUUUCUUCUGUGUGUAUGGCACUAGGAAUGGAAAAGUGGAUCUUCAAGAUAUUCUUUUAUGUUAUGUUCUUGUGAACAAAGCACAAAGUUUGAGCGAGUGCCAACCUAUGCAGGUGGUAGAAGUGGCAUUCCUGGCUUUGGCUUGGAAGAAUUGACGACCAUCAGACCUUGAAGCAGAGCUUCACAGCAGCCUGUCCUCAUCAGCAACCCAACCACCUUCAUCAGCAACCCAACCACCUCAUCAGCAACCCAACCACCUCGUCAGCAACCCAACCACUUUCAUCAGCAACCCAACCACCUCAUCAGCAACCCAACCACCUUCAUCAGCAACCCAGCCACCUCAUCAGCAACCCAGCCACCUUCAUCUGCAACCCAACCACCUUCAUCGGCAACCCACCUUCAUCCACAACCCAACCACCUUCAUCAGCAACCCAACCACCUUCAUCAGCAACCCAGCCACCUUCAUCAGCAACCCAACCACCUCAUCUUGGAGAAGGAGAAGGAAUUGCAAGCCACCAAGUCUUCAUUUUUCAGGAUUUGUAAUCUUCCCAAAGUUUUCCUUUGAAAAUAGUAUAAUGAGUGGAAUUCUCAGAGUGAUUACAUACCUCAACAUUUUUAUUAACAUACAACAAUGGGAAAGUUCAUCAUCCAUAUACUGCAGUAACUUAAACAACAGCCAAUUAUUGUAAGAUUAGAAUUGGAGAUCUUGUCCUCAAAAGUAUAAAUUGUCCUUUGAUUUAUAGAAAAUAAUUGAAUUGGGAUUUCUACAUAUUAUUAUUAUACCUAUUUUAAAUUUAAUGGCAGCCAGGUAUGGUGGUGCCUGCCUGUAGUUCCAGCUACUUGGGAGGCUGAGGCAGGAGGAUCGCUUGAGCCCAGGAGUUCAAGGCUGCAGUGAGCUAUGAUUGCACCACUGUAUUCUAGCCUGCACAAUAGAGUGAGACCCUGUAUCUUUAACAACAAAAAAAAAUAAUGGCUGGUAUAUAGUAAACUUAAUUCACUGUUCCCAUUGUUUGUUCUAAAGAAUUUUUUAAAAUAAUGUUUCAUUAAAUCUUAUGAUUUAACCGUGCUUGCCCUUUUUGCCAGCUAUGUGGCAGUUUACGGCAGAACUGCUGUCAGUGUGCUGGUAGCCCUCUAUUCAUCCCUCUUCAGAGCCCAGCUUCCAGAACUGCUGUCAGUGUGCUAGUAGCCCCCUGUGUUCAUCCCUCUUCAGAGCUCAGCUUCUGGUUGUAUUCUCCAUGAGUUUAAUAAUGACAUGAAAAAAUGUGGAAGCCGAGAGAGUAAAAUACUCUGCCCUGUAAAAACAUGGAAGACAUGCAAACAGAAAAAAACAUAAUUGUAUUGUUUUAGAUAAUACUUAAGACAGCUGUGAUCCAACAAAAACAGAGCUAUUCCUUUGUGACCGAUGAAGAUAAAAAGAAAUUCUGGUAAAGACAGGUAUGCAGUUUUUUAAAAUGGGUUAAGAAAUUGUUGCAGAAGAAUUUCUAACAUCUGAAAAUUGUUUUAUGUAUAAGAAGGAUGGUCUGAAUUGUGUACUAAUAGCAAGGUAUAAGUUUGGUGUAGAGCCUAUCCAGUAGCGUCCACUGUACCACUUUUAAGUAAGACUCAGUCCACAGAAGCUGGAAGAUUGCCUUUGCUUUAAAUAUCCUUUACCUUCUGCAUUUGACACUCCUCCUAUUACUACAUAGAUUCUGGUCCCCAGAAGCAAUUUUACACUGGUACUAGAGCUUACCAGCCCCAUUUAGUAAUUCCUAUUUGAAAUUUCUUAAUGUCUAGAUGAGGUUUAACAAGAAUAUGAAAAGAAAAAACAAAAAAUAUAUUCAUGAAUGAUAGGUGAUGCUCAUUCUUUCUCUCAAGCUAACGAAGUCCUAUGGCAUUGUAACCACAACCCUCGGACAGACUCCCCCUAUUCCUCCUUUCCUCGUCCUUCCCUGCUUUUCAUCCAUUCAGCAUAUAGCUAUUCAGUACUCCAUUGAAGAAGUUGUGCUAAAUGAGCAAAGCAGCAUAAUUACUAAUAAUUAAUUCUGAUUAUUUGGCACUAGAGCCAACAGCAACCCCAGCAUAGAGGAAAGUCGCUUUUUUUCAAAUGCAUAAAUUUAAAGUAUGUAUUUGCAUGCAGUUUUAAAUGGGAGGUAUUUGUCAUUGUGAAAAGCUGGGAAUCUCAAACAUAGUCAACUUAACUAAAAAGAAGCUAAUACAGGUUGAGCAUUCCUAAUCCAAAAAUCCGGAAUCCAAAUUGCUCCAAAAUCUGAAACUUUCUGAAUGCUGACCUGAUACCACAAGUGGAAAAUUCCACAUAUAAGUACUUAACACAAACUUUGUUUCAUGCACAAACUACUAAAAAUAUUGUAUAAAAUUACCUUCAGGCAGUGUGUGUAGUUAAAUAUGAAACAUGAAUUUCAUGUUUAGACUUGGGUCCAUGCCCAAGAUACCUCAUUAGGUAUCUGUAAAUAUCCAAAAUCCAAAAAAAAGUCUGAAAUGUGAAACACUUCUGGUCCCAAGCAUUUCAGUAAGUGAUGCUCAACCUGCGUAAUGGUCUGCGGGCCAGUGCUCAUUUUCUGCCUAUGUUGUACAUACUUUAAAUUGUGCAAAGUCAAAGAAAAGCAAAGAGUCUAUUUUUAAAGAAACUUACAAUAAUCUAAACAUAUACUUCUUAUGAUUAUGAAUCAUCCUGCAAAGGUGUAUAAAGAAUUUUACCAAAAAUACAAUGAAUUAAUCAUAUAUUUGAGAGUCACAGUGAUAGGUUCAACUAUAUUUUGACGGUUGUGUAGUGGCACUAUUGUUUCUGAGCAUGGUGCUUUUUAUACUUGAAAUAUAUUUUUGCUUUAUUUUUUAUUGAUAUAAUUAUAUUUGCACUAAUGGCUUUCUGAAGAAAAUAUUAUAGAUGACAUUUUUUGUAUAUAUAUUUAUUAAGCUUGGGAACCUGGUCGCCCAGUGUUUUCUCUGGACAAAUGUGAAACUGGAUAAAGUAUGGAUAAAGUCUUGAGUUCCUCAGGGUAACUGUGUUGAUGUCUCCCGUCCUCUUCAGUAAGGCUUGAAUAUGAUUUUACUGAUCAUUGAUUCUGCAUAGUGUACCCAGCAAGACUUAGAAGGACACUGAACCUGUCAGAGAUUUUAAGAGGCACAUUUUAGUCACUUUGAAUAGGAUAGUGGCGGGCGCGGUGACUGAAGCCUGUAAUCCCAGCACUUUGGGAGGCCAAGGUGAGCGGAUCACGAGAUCAGAAGUUUGAGGUUACAGUGAGCUGAUCACAUCACUGCACUACAGCCUGGAUGACGGAGUGAGACUUUCUUGGGGGAAAAAAAAAUGACAGUGAAGCAGACUUUUAGAAUCCGAGAUGUCAUUGCAGAAUUAUUGGUAUAAAAUACAGCUGCAAAGUGAAGAAAUUGAAAUGGCCACACGUUGAUAUCCUGUGGCAGGUUAUACCCUCCACGUUAGCAAAGACAAAGCCACGUCGCUGUGUUAAGAGGGACAGGCUGGGCCGGCUGCAGCUGUAGGAGCGAGGGACAGGCUGGGCCGGCUGCAGCUGUAGGAGUGAGGGACAGGCUGGGCCGGCUGCAGCUGUAGGAAGUGAGGGACAGGCUGGGCCGGCUGCAGCUGUAGGAGUGAGGGACGCAGGGAAGGAAUGGGGAGCAGCAAUUUGGGGACAGUAGACGAGUCACUUUCUGACUCAAGAAGGGUCAAGUACGUAUUAAAAACUGACUACCUUGGUUUUCUGUUCAGACUUAGGCUCAUUUUGAUCAUUUUAAGGUCCCAGUUGUCAAAAAUAUCAAGUGAAUUUUUCUCAGGUUUUCAGGAACAAAAUUUACAGGAAGGAAGCAAAAGCCAUGUCAGUAGCCUUGAGCUGACAGCUUUAAAGAAACUGGCAGACAGGUAGGUUGUCCUCAUAUAGAUCCUUCCAGUAUUCUCCUGAAAAACAUCCUUUUAUUUCUUAAAACCAGUAACCCUUACAUUUUUCCUAUGGGAUACUUAUUUUUGUUGAGAUCAAAUAGACAUUCUAUAAAUGUUAUAAAUUAUGCUUGCAGUUAGUUUUCAGCCUGUCUAGGCUUAAGGUUUAUCAGUAUUUGAAUUUGAAACAUCAUUUUAUGAGGUUUAGUUUUAGGAAGAUAAAUAUAUCAAAGUAUUUCAUAAAGUUGUAUCAAUGUUCCUUCUAACAUUGGAAGACUUACUGACUGAGGCCAUCUGUGAACGACUGGGCGAUCUCUCAGAAUCCUUUCAGCUCUAAUACCCUCCGACUGACACUCACCCAGAAUUGCUGUCUGUGCUGGCUGUGAUCUGCCUCCAGGAGCAUACGCCACCCUGCAUGCUGUGUUCAUCACAGUGUCUGUGCUCGGUACCUUACCACUGUCCGCGUCCUUGGACGCUGAAUGGACAGAGAGGAGCCUGUCUCUCAGGGCACAUGAGUCGUCGUGGCAGGAGACGGGCCUCAGUCACAGCGUCACAGACCCUUGUCACAGUGGACACGAGUGAUUCCUGCUGUGUCCUUGCAGCCCAGGGGGACUAACAAGAUUUUAAUGAAGUCUGUGUUACUCAUUCUGAAGAAAAGAACUUACCUGAGAGGAGGAAUAUUUUUUUAAUAUAUAUUGGGUCGGGGAUGCGGGGAUGGGGAGGGAGUGGUUAAUUGUUUUAUGUUUACAUUUUUAACAAGUAAAAUAGAAGAUUUAAGAACUAAUAUUUAUGGUAUUGAACUUUAAGUGUAAUAUAUUCCUUAGAAAAACACAACUUUAAUAAAAAUGGAAACUAA